CUUAAAACCCAAAAAAAAAAACUCUAAUGGAGAAUUCACUAAUUUUUUAGAAUUGAUAAAAUUUAUUCACCGCCGCAAAAAUGUUCAACGGCAUGGUAAAGACGGUACGUGAUAGCAUAGUAGGCACCUAUCCCUCUUGUCAUGUGAGUUCCCGUCUGGAAGAGCGUCGGGCUAAGCAUCGAGCAAUGCGCCAGGAGCGAAGGCGAAAACCAGACAAACCCGACGAUUUUGUUACCUACGAAGACUCAGGCAGCGAUGAGGAGACGCCUCAACAGCAGUACGAGGUCCUUAACUCAUCCUACAAUCUAUGUGACUACCUACGCAGCAGAGAAAGUGAACUGCGCGAUCACCGCAGCGUUAAUGUGGAAUAUACUAGUCGCUAUGUUCUCACCCACGACAUGUUGCGGGAGACUCAAAUCAAUUUAGGCUAUAUUAAUAAAGUAUUUUGCUCCAAAUGGCUCAGCAAUCGCCAAGUGGUGUUCGGAACCAAGUGCAAUAAGCUGCUCGUGUAUGAUGUGAAUAUGCGUCGUGUCGACGCCAUACCCACGCUAUCGAAUAGUCGUGCCAAUCAUCCAGAGAUUCAGGGCGGCCUUCAUGCCAUUGAAUUGUCGCCCAGUCGUUCAUUUUUGGCCACAGGUGCAAGAAAUUCAUCGGAUAUUGCAGUCUAUCGGUUGCCAACUUUGGAUCCAGUUUGUGUGGGCGAGAACGGUCAUCGGGACUUGAUAAUGGGUAUGUGUUGGCUAGACGAUCAGUUCCUCGUCUCUGGCUCGAAGGACUCGCGCAUGGCAUUGUGGCGUAUCAACGAGGAUCAUAUGGAUUUUCCUGAUGGCGGCGAAGAGUCUUGCCCGACUUUUGCCACCAUUCAUCCACUCAGCGUUAAAGAAGUGCGGACAGCGCAAAGGAUACGUUCGUUAUGUUUUAACAAAGAGUUCAAAGAAAUCGCAGCACUAUCUUUGAACGGAUAUAUUCACAUCUUUAACGCAGAGACCUUUAAACAAACGCUCUCGCGUAAACUGCCCAACUGCCAGGACAAUGUGAGCAUCGCAUACCACAGCGAUGGUCUUUAUGCCGUCGGAUGUCGCUCCUACACAAUACUAUUGGAUGCCCGAACACUGCAAACUAUCAAGAAGAUCACAUCACGAUAUAGUGGCUGCGGAAUCCGUGCGACAUCGUUUGAGGGCAACCUCUUAACCGUAGGCACAGGUCUGGGCAUGCUUCUCUUCUAUGAUAUACGUGCUGGCAAGUAUUUGGAGAGUAGCGUAAAUGCUUCACGAACUGUGGCACUCAAGUGCAGUAAAGGAAUUGUGUAUCCUGAGGACGAAAUGGACGGCUUCCAGCAGGUGAAAUACGUCCCCGCCAUUUACACGCAUUGCUAUGAUAGCACAAGGAUGCGUCUGUUUGCGGCUGGUGGACCGCUUCCUGCAACUCUGGUGGGCAACUAUGCGGGCGUCUGGCAAUAGAAUCUGAGCACAGAGUAUUUUAUCUCUGUUUCUGUCACAAAAUUGAUACUGAUUAGUAAGAGUAACUAGGCAAUAUUUUAUACAUUGCAUAAUUUCAUAAAUAUUUUAAGAAUAAAUUUAUGCAUUCACUUCGCAUAGUCUUAGCCAAUUACUGUUCGUAUUUAUAUAAUUUUAAAAUUAUACAUACAAUUGACAUGUAAUUACAAUUUAAGUUUAC